AUGAGGACUUCCCAGCUCCUCCUCCUUCUUGCGCUGCCCUCAAGCCUCUGCACCCCACUCCAGUUCGACACCUCCUCCACCUCCCCCUCCUCUUCCACCGCGCAAACCCCCCUCCUCCCCAACGAGCAUGUCUCCUCCCCGCGCCGCGACGCCCUAGCGGCCAUGACCACCGCGCUCACAACCCUCCAAUCCCAGUUCUUCACGCACUCCACCGGCACCUACCCGACGGGCAUAAACUGGACGCGGGCCGUCCUCGGCACGCUCCUCGCCGCCAGCACCCGCACGCUCUCCUCCUCCCCCUCACCCGAGCACCGCGCGCUCUCAAACCGCUUCUUCACCGAGCUCAUCGCCUUCUACUACGGCCAAGACAUGCACCUCAAGCAAGAAGCCUACGACGACAUCCUCUGGGUCGUGCUGCAAUGGCUCGAGGCCCUCAAAACCAUCGACCUGCGCACCGACCGCUUCGAGCCCACCGAGUGGAGCGGCAGCGAGUGGACCCCCGCCUUCGCCGACCGCGCGCAAGAGUUCUACACGAUUGCGGAGCGCGGCUGGGACGAGGUGCUGUGCGGCGGCGGCAUGAUCUGGAGCCCGUGGCUGGAGCCGUACAAGAACGCCAUUACAAACGAGCUGUACAUCUCCGCCUCCAUCGGCAUGUAUCUGUACCACCCCGCGCACAACCCGGCGCACCUGAGCAAUGCGCUGCGCGCGCAUGCGUGGCUGGCGGCGAGCGGGAUGCGCAAUGCGCAUGGCCUGUACACGGACGGGUUCCACAUCUCGAAGCUGAAGCUGCCGCCGUCGGCGGGGGAGAAGACGUGUGACCGCCGGGACGAGAUGGUGUACACGUACAACCAGGGGGUGCUGCUCUCUGGGUUGCGCGGGCUGGCGGAGGUGACGGGGGAGCGGGCGUAUCUGGAGGAGGGGUUUGCGCUGGUGGACGCGGUGGUGAGCAGUCAAGGGAAGGUCGGCGAGAUUGUGGUGGGGGGAAUAUUGACGGAGAAGUGUGAUCCUGAGAGCAGGUGUAGUCAGAAUGGGCAUACGUUUAAAGGAAUCUUCAUGCACCACUUAACGCUCUUCUGCACGCCCCUCGUGCCCCUCCCCGGCGCCGCAGCCAGCAACCUGACCGUCGCCUUCAGCGCUGACACCAUCAACUGGCACCGUGAGGUCUGCAGCAAGUACAACCUCUUCUUAGUCAAUAACGCGGCCGCAGCCUGGCGGACGCGGAAUGCCAAUGGUGUUGUGGGCGCAUGGUGGGGAGCGCCCGAUCCCGCGGGGCUGCCAAAUUCCGACUCGCCCUUCUGGGAUGCGCAGGAGGGGCGGUUUAAAACGGAACUGGACGCUGGGGCGACCGAUCACCUGAAUCCUGAGCUCCCAGCGGGGGUGGGUCUGGCGAAUAAGGGCGAUCUGAAUGAUCGGGGGAGAGGGCGAACGGUGGAGAGCCAUUCGGGAGGGUUGGCGGCGCUGCGGGCGGUGGUGGAGGUGGUAUUUGCGUAG